CCACCAUGCAGAGGCCAGUGAGCCAGUAAUAGCGUUUCUGAUGACACGUGCUUCACAGUAAACCAUGUGAGAGAAAGUAAGUGAAAGUUGCUCAUGUCCUAUAAAAGGAAGUGUUCAGAGCCGCAAACUCAAAGGAAUGGACUGAAGGGGAAACAUUGAAGUUAGCAUAAAGGAUCAAGUUAAUUUUUUCUAUUGGAGUCACUCUGUCCAGAGCCACAUAAGCAAAGAUCCCUUUCACCAUCAUCUUACACACUGGACCUUUAAGUGAACAAUAUGAAUGCAUCUUCCUCCACUCGGGUAAAUUCCUGCAUUGACAUGUAGUCUGAUAUCCUACUUUACAGCAAUGGGAGGAGCUCCUUCAGCACUCUUUGAGCAGCCAUGGAGGGAGGUGUCAGAGAAGUACAAGGACAAUCGUGAGUUUGUGAAAUCUUACCAGCCUCAAAACAAACAAGUCAAACAUAUCAGGAUUCUGCUUCAUGGACCAGUUGGUGCUGGAAAGUCGAGCUUCAUCAACUCUGUCGACACCGUUUUAAAAGGCAGACCUGCUGGUCGAGCUGCGACAAAUGCAAGCUAUGCUGGGAGCAGCUUCACCAAACAGUACAAGACCUUCAAAUUUCACAAAAAUCCAGAGGCCACUUACUCUUUUGUUCUCAAUGACGUCAUGGGCCUUGAGGAGGAUUCUGACAGUGGAGUCUCUGUGGAAGACGUCAAACAGGCCCUGAGAGGACACGUGAAAGAAGGUUACAAGUUCAACCCUGACCAAGAACUGAAGGAGGGUGUUAAUGGCUACAACUCCGAUCCCACUUUGGGAGACAAAGUUCACGUUCUGGUGUGUGUUAUUCCUGUGGACUCAGUGUGUUUGUUAAGUGACAAAGUUGUGGAGAAAGUUAAAGAGGUCAGAAUGGCAGCCAGUGAACUGGGAAUUCCUCAACUGGCUAUUCUCACCAGAGUCGAUGAAGCCUGUCCUGAGGUUAAAAAGGACACAAGCAAUAUCUAUAAGAGCAAGUACCUGAAGGAAAAGGUUGACAUAUUCCACCAGCUGCUGGGCCUUCCAAUAAACUGCAUCUUCCUUGUGAGGAACUACAAUCCGGAAAUUGAGUCAAAUGACAAAAUGAACGCUGCGAUAGUGUGCGCACUGAAACAGAUGCUUUUGUAUGGAGAAGACUUCCUCAACGACCUGGAAACAUGAAUACUCCGGAGGCAAAAACCCAGUAGGCGAUUUGUAGGGGAAUGAGGAAAUAUUAAGCCAAUGUUUACUGUCUUUUUCAAGCAGGCAAGCUUGAAGCGUGAAAUAUGAAAUAAAAAUGUAUAAAAAUUAGCUCCCAAACUUUUUAUAUAAUUUCUCUCAUUGAGACCUUGCACAAUAGCAGGACAAUGCUCUGUCAUUACGUCGUUAGCUUGGUGUGACGUCAUCACGUGAUCUGGUCAACAACUCAGCUGUUGUGAUGGUGCCUUCACGUGCCGCCGGGAAGGAGUAAUUCAAAAGCUCUCGUCUUUAUUGUUGACUCCCAGUGUUUAAUACACCAUCUGCUCUAACAAAUUAAUUCUGCAUUCCUUGGUUGGUUUGUGCUUCAGUUUUGUGUUUGUAAAAAAAAAAUCGGACAAAAAAUGAUUUUGCUAAAGAGACGAACAGACAAAUGUUAUAUAUUAUGUUGUGAUGGAAAUCUGUAAAUACUCGAGGCUGGAACACCACAUUUGUCUAUAUGUGUUUUAAUAGGGGCUUUCUGCAGAAAUGAUUAACACAGAGAGUCACAGGGAUCUCAGAGUGUUGAUUGAGAACAGUCAAAUGCAAGGAUAUUAUAGAACUAAGGCUGAUUGUCUGAGCCAGUUCAGACUGGUUCUGUAGGGUUUCCUUAGAAGAUUAAGCAGACAGGAAUUCAAUUAUUGGACAGUCAAUAAGUAAUGGAAAGGUCCUAAAGGUAUUAGAAAGGUCACAUAGGUUUCAGGUCACAAACAGUUCAGGUCAUACAAGUUUCAGACAGGUAUGCAAAAAGUUAAUUAUCCACUACAAUGUACAAUAUAAUCAUCUCAUCCUUUCAUCCUCUUUACCUCCCUGGGACUCUAUAUUCUUUUUCAGUUUGACCAGAAUUACUAUAAGUACUGUUAUAUGAUUGUCUUGCAAUAUACGCUGAUUAAUAAUAUGGUUACUGUUGCCUUUGAAUCAUGUAUCGUGAGUUCCUGGUCGUGGGAAGCAAUGAAGUACAAAUAUAAAGCUUAUAUUUUGUGUAAAAAAAUUAAAAAUUUGCUUUUAACC